GAAGGGGACCGACCCGACCCCAGGAAGGCGGCAGAGGCGUUGCACAUGGCUAUACAAAAAGUUCGCCAACAACCGAGAGUUCAGCUUACGGACUGGAUUCCAUUCGUUCACCUUGGAAUUUACGGAGUCUCCCCACGAGAACCCCGACAUAAGACAAAUUUGGUGCAAGAUCCAUUUUUGGUGAUAUUUGAGGCAAGGUCAAGUGCAGAACGUCAUCUCCGAUGUGGUGGAACCGGGG